AUGGAAGCAGAAUUAGCUUACAGUGAUUCAAGUGAUGAAAAGUCUCCCCAACUCUUACAAACUUCAAGACUUCGCAACAGUCAUUUACAGAGUCCCGAAAUAGAUACAACCAAGACAAUCGACUCGAGCAUCAGUAAAGAACAAAAACCAAAGAACCCCAGAAAAUACAUCAACCGUGACAUUGCAGAUGAAGUAUUGAAAGCCUACCAAACACGUGUUCUACCAGGAGAUAGGUUGAUAUACAAUGAUGCCGAUAUACUGGAUUUUGCCCGAUCAACAAUGAAGAAAAAUGACUCCGCAAAAAGUCCCCUUUCCAUUAAUGUUGUCAAUAUUCAGAACAACAACUGUGUUAAAUUUUUAUCUCCGAAUUUCAAAAAAUUUAUCGCAGACCAAGUUCAAGAUCACGAAAUUGAUGCUGAGAUAGGAGAUUUGGAAUCUCUGGCGAAAUGUUUGGAUGAGAACCCAAUCAAAAGGUCAGAGGCAUCAAAUGACCUUAUCUACGUGAGGAACCUUUUUGACCAUUUUCAUUUAUUAUACAAAAAUGACAUAUUACUUCAACCCAUGUCCGAGCAUGAGUUUAGUACUUAUGUUUGGACCCCAUUGCUCAAAAAUGCGUUUCUCGGGAGGGAAGAUUUAAAAUUAAGCUGUGGUGAGCUGGCAUCUAGAUCGUACAAAAAGCUUAAGGAAGUGUUGAAUAUUGCCAACCGAAGUGCUCUAAACUCAAUGGAAAAGGAUUCCUUAAAUCCUUGA